UUUGACACGGGGUUGAAAUAAAACAAGUCGAAAAUUUUAUAAAAAUAAUUCGAGAGGAGCACCUUUGCUGUGAACUCUGACUGCACUGUAACUUAGGUAUUCUAUUUUUGCAAGUGUAGUGCUGGAGCUCCUUGUGCUUGUUUCCAGACCUGGGCCACACCACUUGACGAAUCCCUGAGAAGCCCUAAGCUCCACUUUUGGCCCACUCCGCCCCCUGCGGUUGAGAAACGCUCGGUGACAGCCACAUAAUCUUAUUCCUUUUCCCUUUCACGAUCCCAGUCAGCGGGCUGAAUUCAUUCAUAGCAUUCAAAUAUUCCGGUAAAACAAACAAAAAAAAAACAUUUCUUGGAAUUAAAAAUAAGUUAAUCUGGCAGAACAUGCGAAUAUGGCGAUGAUAGAGCCAAGUGAGGAGCUACUGGAUCGCCAUUUCAGGCAGCAGGUGGCCAGUUACAAGGAAGUGGACCAAUCGAGGGCCUUCCUAUCGGAUCGCCUGAUCAUGGCCAAAUGGAUGAAGGUUUUCGAGAGGACACCUCUCAGCCAGAAGUUGGCCAGAAACAGUUUAAUGCUGCUGAUGCAUGGCCACCUAAAGGACUUUGGUUUUCUCAAGGAGCCUUUCACAGAUGUGCGAAACUGCAGUAGAAAUCUGAACGAUAUUUUGGACGAUUACAGGGGAGCCGCGUUUAAAAACGCUUCUUCUCCACCAAUCGUUCCCGCUAAUAAAUCCCCGAAAAAUGUUUCUGAAACUCAACAAAUGGAGCAGCAGCGACAACAGGCGGGCAAAUACUACGUCCUCGCCAAAAAUCCCUCCCUCAAAAGGACUUCCAGCUACAAUCUUCGCUCCAAGAAAUUGGAACCCAUUGAAGAGGUUUCCGAAUCUUUGGAAAAGGAACCAACCUCCAGCAGUCUUGCCAGUUUAAUCACAGUAAUUGGUAAUCUAAAAUCUCGGUCUAAUUGUGCGCAGGAGAGUUCGGAUUCCCAAAAAACUUGUUCAGAAUGCGCUUUUGAGGCGGAAAGACAAAGUGUUAAGCAGAGAAUUCAAGCCCUGGAAGAGGAACUUUCGAAGAGUGAACGGCAUCCAUUGAGUACCAGUUCCAUGGAAAAUGUCAGAAAACAAUGCCAAAAAAACUUAAGCAAUAGUGGGGACUCUUCCUCCAAUCAGGAUUCAGUAUUUUGCCCGGUCAACACUGAGAAAAACGAUUCCCGCUCCAGCUCACAAGAGCAACUUAAGAAGAUAACGAAUGUUAUAGACGAGGUAACCCGCAGAUCGAGUGCUGUGAAGAAUCUGAAAAACUGUUUCGAAGAAAUGGCCGAACGGCUGAGGAAAACUGCCACGGAUGAAAAUGCCUUACCUGUGGCACAUAAACCGAAGAUUCCGCCACCUGUGCCACCGAGAAACUAUCGAAGGACCCAGGAACCGAUUCCCAGGCUAACAGGAGGACAAGCUCUUCCCCCUAUUUUCUUCGAGGAUAAAACCGUUCGCGAUUUGUUGAUUCGUAGGGAGGAGCUCCGUGUUCAGUGUUUGGAGUACUAUAACUCAGAUGGUUCGCUGAAGGCCACAAAGGAUAUGCCCAUUCCUCCAAGUGAUGCAAAGCAAACCGAACUUCGAGUUAAAGGAUUUCUAAUUGGUGCUUACAAAGCUUUGGAGCGUUUAAAAAGAUGGCGGGGAAAACCGAAUCAGUUGAAGUUUUUUGGAACCUGCUUUCGGGGAUUCGGGUUGGAGGACUUCGGUAAGCUGAAGGCUCUGGAUCGAAAGUUUGAGCAGGUGGCACUCAAAUGGUAUCGCAAUAGGAUGCUCUUGUGUCGACGCAACACAUGGCGUCGUUAUCGCCGGAAUAUGUUGGUCAGAAAGCCAUCGCCCACGAUGGAGGAUCUACUUAAAGUGCGCCAGCAACUGAAGCUGCAGGAGGAACUGCAGAGGGAGCGUAUGGUUCACCUGGCAAAGAUCAUAGAGCUGUGCAGGACGCACUGCAGCGGAGUCAUCCGACCGGAUGUCCUUCACAAGAUGCUCAGUCGCCUGGACGACGAGUACGCCCAUUUGGCCGGGGAUCUCAAGUCCUUGGUCCGCCAAAAGGAGCAGCUAUUCGAGUAAAGGACCCUGCGAGCCCGAAACUUUUCUCGCACCUGUUCGUGUAGUUGCCUUGCUCUUGUACAACAUUAACACCGCCAGCUGGGCUGCUCAUUAAUUAAUUUAAAUACUACGGUUUAUUAAAUUAAAAACUGGCGAAAAGGUACCAAA